GGGCGGAGCGGAGCGGAGAGGCGGCGGGCGGCAUGGUGGCGGCGUGGGGGCGGCGGGCGUUGCGGGUCGGGCUGGCGCUGAGCGUCCUGGCGCUGGUGCUGCAGGGGCUGCGGGGCUGGUUGGCUUCCAAGCGGUACGAGUUCACCUCCGCCGAGAUCGCCCAGCUCGCCCGGCACCACGCGGGGCUGGACCAUGAGCUGGCUUUCUCUAAGAUCAUCGUGGAGCUUCGGAAGAAGCACCCAGGCCACAUCCUGCCGGACGAGGACCUGCAGUGGGUGUUUGUGAAUGCAGGCGGGUGGAUGGGUUCCAUGUGCCUCCUGCACGCCUCACUCACUGAGUAUGUACUGCUGUUUGGGACAGCUGUUGACACAGGGGGCCACUCAGGUCGGUAUUGGGCAGAUAUCUCUGACACUGUCAUCUCGGGGACCUUCCGGCAGUGGAAAGAGGGGACCACCAGAAGUGAGAUCUACUAUCCAGGGGACACCAUCGUGCAUCAGGCGGGAGAGGCCACGUCAGUGCAGUGGAGUGCAGGCACCUGGAUGGUGGAGUACGGCCGGGGCUUCAUCCCCUCCACACUCGCCUUUGCCUUGGCUGACACCCUUUUCAGCACUCAGGACUUUGUCACCCUCUUCUACACCCUGCGUGUCUAUGCCAAGGGCCUGCUCUUGGAAGCCAACGCCUUCUUCAGCACUUGGGGCUGCUGAGCCCGGCUCACGGCGGCGUCCUGCUGGGCACAGCUGGCUCUUCUUCUCCCAGCCUUCCUCCCCCCUCCAUCUCCCUGAGCCCAGGCUGUAGCAGAGACAUCAAGAGACCCCCUGUGCCUCACCCAAAUUGCUCUGUCCUUCCUCAGGGGCCAGCUGGAUGCCAGGACAGAGAGAUUGUGGUAGUUACAACAAACAAACAGCCUGUUCUCUUUACUGUCUGCCUCUCCCUGCCUUUUAAUUGGAGUCAUGUUCUGCUUUUCCAUCCUUCAGGGGCUGGAGUGGCCUUGGAGGGUGAGAACAUCCCUGUGUGCCUUUGGCCUGCAGCUGGAGAGGGGCUGGAGCUUGAUGUCCCCAGGCUCCACAAAAUUUCUGCAGCUUCUGAGACAUCAGGAGGUAGAUGCAGGCCUUAAGGCAGGGUGCACAGGGUGAGCAGGACCAGAGCACCUGCGCAAAGGUGAGCCAGGAGGUUCCCCAUCUCCCUGGCAGAUUGCUGUGGCUGUGGGUGGCACAGGGCACUGUGUCCAGCUGGCAGCAUCCCCCGUGGCUCUGCCCCACUGAUGUGGGCUGGCAGCACACAGUGUCUCCCUGGCACAGGGCGAGAUCUGCACUGGGACUAUAGCAGCGAGGGGAUGCCCAACCUUUUGUCGUCUCUCUUUGUCCCCUGUAUAUCAUCUGCCCAAGGGGAUGGCUGGGGCUGGAAGAGGGUCCCUGGCCCCACAGUCCUCCUUCCUGCAGUCCCCCAUCAAGGGGGGAGAGAGCCACCGUGUGUCGCCUUAACUGAGUCCUGCAUGGCCUCUGGGCUGUGCUCAUACCAAACCUCUGUUCUAGCUCAGGAUUGGAUCUUACCCCUCAAAAUGCUUUCCCUGGCUGUGAGACCCCUUGGGGACAGCCACCUUGCUUGACUCCUGGCAAAGGGGACAGGACAAUGAGGGAGCACUGCAGUUUCCUGACUGUGCCCAGCUACAGACCCUGUUUCCAGCCCCAUGGCUAGACCCAUGUGGGCUCUCUGCUUGGAGGAGGGCUUUCACCUACAUGCCAAAGUGAUGUGUGUGUCCUCUUAAUCUGCCACGUGGAAAGAUAUGGGUAAUAAAAUUCUUAAUUCCACCCUCGG